AUGAAUAAAAAUAUAUGUAUAUAUGGAGGUUCUUUUGAUCCAAUUACGAAUGCACACGAAAUGGUUCUCACUAAAAUUUGUAAUUUAAAUUGGAUUGAUGAAAUUUGGGUAGUUAUAAGUAAAUGUAGAAAUGAUAAGGAAUUAACAUAUUUCCAACACAGAUAUGAAAUGUUAUCUAUAAUUAUAAAUAAUGCAUCUGAAAUAUUAAAAAAUAAAAUAUUUUUAAAGGAUCUUGAAUAUAUAAAUAAAAUAACUCCAACUUAUGAUUUAUUAAAAACGCAAAAAGAAAAAUAUCCUAAUAAUACUUUUUACUUCUGCCUUGGCUCCGAUUUAUUAAGUGAUAUAUCUCUUUGGGAUAAUAGUGAAAAAUUAAUUUUAGAAAAUUAUUUUAUAAUUAUUGAAAGAGGUAAUUUUAAAAUAGACAAAAAUAUACUAAAACAAUUUCCUAAAUAUUAUUUAAUUGAAUUCAAGCAUUUGUCUGAGGUUAAUUUUAUUUCAUCAAGUAAUAUAAGAAAAAUGCUAGCCAAAAAUAACAAUCCAAAAGAAUUAAAAAAAUUAAUUAAUCCCCUUAUUCUUGAUUAUAUAAAAAAACAUAACUUAUACCAAUGCAAUGUAGAAUAA